CCAGUCUAGUCAAGGAAUCACUGAACACGCCAAGUCAGUUCCGUUGAAAUCUUUGAAGAGUUAUGAAGUGUCGAUAAAUUAUUUUUCCAUUAAUUUUAUUUGUUAUUGUGGUUUUCUAUUUAUUUAAAGAAUAAUAAGACUGCUUAGAUAUUGAAGAAGACUGUUAAAGACUAUCAUAUACUUGAAAAUUCCAUUAAUAGUAUUAUAAUUUUUAAUUUAUUUUUUUGUUAAUUGAUAUUUAUUUAUUCAAGAAUUAAUUUAUAAAUGAAAAAAUAAAAAAUAUACAUUGGGAUAUAUGGUAAAUAUUUUUUUGAAAAAUAUAUAUAUUAUUAAAAAUAAAUAAUUAUUGUCAUAGACAUUGUGUCACUUAAUAAAUUGGUGUUAAAAAUUACAUCAGUACGUCAAGUUUUACGUUGGUGGAUAUAUAGGCCAUGUGCGUUUUAAGAAUAGUUGAGUUGUAUUUGUGUGUCCUUGAUCAUAAAUAUCGUCAUUAUUAAAAACACGGAAGAAACAUUACAAGUCAUUUUUAAAAAUAUAUAUAUUAUUAUUAUUUAAUAACUAUCAUUUAUAUUUAAAUUAUUAAUAAUUGUAUUUUUAAUAUCAAAUUAGAGAGGUAAAUAUUUUUUAACAUUGAAGAAAAUAAUUUAUUAAUCAAUAAAAAUAUUUUUGAUAGUUAAUAAUACAUUUAUAUUUAUUGGAUAAAUUAUAUUAUUUUAAUUACGGUCAUGCUUAGAUAAUUUUCAUUGAAUAAAUUUUUUAUUUCUAUUGAUAUAUGUAAAUAAUUAAUAAAACAAAGGUUAUAAUCACAAUUUUAUGAAAGUAUUUACCGUUUGGACGCCUUGAAAAAAAAAUGAAUAUCGAAUUUUCUUAAUUCGGGGUUAUUUUGUUUUUGUUAUUUUUUGAUGUUUACAAACAUGAAUGAAAAAAUGUUCAGAAUAAAAUGAAUAAUAAAUCAAGGAUUUGUUUGAAAACUGAAAUAUAAAUUUGAUAUAUUAUUUACUGUUGAUUUGUUUUAUUAAAUAAUAUUUUUAUUAUUUAUUAUAUUUUAUGUCGUGAUAAGAGGUUAAUAUUAAUUUAACAUGUUUUAAUAUUAAUGAAAAAAUUAAUCUCUAAAAACCACUUGUUGUUACUUGUUGAAUUUGGCACAUUGUUGAUAUAUUUUUUUUAAUUAAAAAUAUCUAAAUUUAGUUUCAUACAUUGUAGGAAAAAACAAUCACAAAAUUACAAAUUUAAACAAGGAAAAAAAAAAGAGCAUGAUCUUGACUGCGUGUUGGUUUUUAUUUAGCUGAAAUUAUUCAUAGAAUCUCUUGCGUCAGAUAGUCUAGUAAUUCUCAUGUAUCUAUUUGUAGUUAAAAAAAAAUUUUUUAAAGUUCAAUCAAGCAUCAAAGUAGUCUAUUCAUAAAUAGAAUAAAAACAAAAAAAAAUCCUACAACAAGAUAAAUAAAUUAUAAUAAAAUAAAAAUUUACAAUGUCAUUGAUCUAAAAAAACUUAAACUUGUAAUAAUUUCAGAUAGCCGAUGACAAAUAAAAUAUAACAAAUAAUUGUUACUUAAUGAUGAUAUUUUAUAAACUAAAAUAUAAAAUUUAUUGUUAUAAAAUAAAAAAAGUUGAUUGAAUUAAUAACUAUACAAAUAUAUAUAUACAAAUCAAUAUAAAAAUGAUUCCAAGGACACAAGUUGAAGUUGAAGAAAAGCCAACAAAUGAAGUGUUAUCAAAUUAUGAACAAAAUAAUAAUAAUGAAUUUUAUGUUAAAUAUCGUGGUAAUACAUAUGAGAUAAGCAAAUUUUUAAAAAAUCAUCCAGGUGGUAGUAAUGCAUUUAAAGCUUAUCGUGGUUUAACAUUGGAUAAAAUACUCGAUGAUGUACCACAUUCAAAAGCAGCUUAUCAUUUAUUUAAUGAAUUUGAAUUAAAUAAUAAAAGGGCAUAUGAUGACGUUGAGAAUUUAAUUGAUUGGAAUGAACCACUUCUUGGACAAGUUGGUUCAUUAGCUAAUAAAUAUUGGGAGUGGGUUAACUUACCAGUUAAUCGUCCAAUAAGAUUAUUUAAAUCAGAUUUAUUGGAAAUAUUAACUGUAACACCUUGGUAUCUUGUGCCUAUUGUUUGGAUUCCAAUAUCAAUGUACUUUAUGAUUUAUGGCCUUAUGUACAAUGUCACUAGUCCAAUUGCAAGUUCGUUACCAUUGAUUAUAUUGGCAUUUUUUUGGGGUGUUUUAUUAUGGACUUUUCUUGAGUAUACACUUCAUCGAAAGUUGUUUCACUUGAAACCACCAUCACAAUCAAAAAUACUUAUUUCAUUACAUUUUCUUAUUCACGGCCUACACCACAAGGCGCCUUUUGACAGUCGUCGAUUACUGUUUCCACCAGUUGCUGCAGUGCUUUUAGCAUUUGUGUUUUAUAAUUUAUACAAAGUUAUUUUUCCAGCAGCAUUUAUUGAUAUUGUUGCAUCAGGAACCAUGACAGGAUAUUUGUGUUAUGACUUGAUACACUAUUACUUACAUCACGGAACACCAGAGGACAAAACUUAUUUGUACAAUUUGAAAAGAUAUCACAACUAUCACCAUUUUUCACAUCACGAUCAAGGCUUCGGCAUAAGUAGCAAGCUAUGGGACUAUGUAUUUGGAUCAUUAAUUGCUUUGAGACAAUUAAAAAGAGCGAUUAUUUGGUAAAAAAAAA